AGGGGGAUGCCUCACGACUAGAUGGCUCUACAAAUGCAGCUCAGUUUUCUCUUGUUGUGUUUGGUUUCUUCUUUCGUAGUCAAGAGCGAAGAGGAUAAUGGAGGACUCUUUCCAUCCAUUUUUAAUCUGGCAACGAAUGCAAUUAUCAUUGCUAAUGCAACUUGUGGUGAAAUUGGACCUGAAGUUUAUUGUAAGUUAGUCGAACAUGGAAUUUUAAAAGAACCGCAAUGUGGAGUAUGUGAUGCCAAACUUCCAACUAAGAGUCAUCCAAUUACCAAUGCAAUUGAUGGUUCAAAUAAUUGGUGGCAAAGUCCAACAUUACAAAAUGGAAAACAAUAUGAAUGGAUUACUAUCACUUUAGAUUUAAGACAAGUAUAUCAAAUUGCAUAUAUAAUUUUGAAGGCUGGCAUUUCUCCUCGUCCUGGCAAUUGGAUAUUGGAAAGAUCUAUCGACGGUCUGCAUUAUAAACCGUGGCAAUAUUAUGUAAUACAUGACGGCGAUUGCUGGGAUAUAUACGGAAUUAGACCUAAUGUUGGUAAACUGAAAUUUAGAACUGAUAAUGAUGUCGUAUGUACUUCGCAUUAUUCAAAAAUAAAUCCGCUUGAAAAUGGAGAGAUUCAUACUUCACUAAUAAAUGGUAGACCAAGUGCUGAUGAUCCUAGUCCUUCAUUAAAGGAAUUUACCACAGCAAGAUUUGUACGUUUAAGGUUACAAAAAAUACGUACUCUGAAUGCAGAUCUUAUGCUUUUGCAAAAUAAUGCUUCUUAUCAAGAUAAAUCUGUGACUAGAAGGAUUCAUACUUCACUAAUAAAUGGUAGACCAAGUGCUGAUGAUCCUAGUCCUUCAUUAAAGAAACAUCAAUGUCAAUGUGAGCAUAAUACUUGUGGAGAAAAUUGUGAAAUGUGCUGCCCUUUGGAUAACCAGCAACCUUGGAAAGAAGGCACUAAAAAGAAUGGUGCAGAAUGUGAAUCAUGCCAGUGUUUUGGACAUGCAGAAAGAUGUUAUUAUGAUCCUAUUGUUGCAAGAAAGAAAUUGAGUCUUAAUAGUUUUGGAAAAUAUGAAGGUGGUGGAGUAUGUAUAAAAUGUCAGCAUCACACAAUUGGUAUAAACUGUGAGAAGUGUGAAGAUGGUUAUUUUAGACCAUUAGGUAUAGCACAUAAUAGUUCUUUUCCGUGUCACGAAUGUUUUUGUACUGGACCUGGAGUCACUGGUGUAUGUGUUAAAGAUGACUCAUAUAUAAUGAAUGGUUUGAAACCAGGUGACUGUUUAUGUAAAAAAGGAUAUGCUGGAAAUAAAUGUGAUCAUUGUGAUGUUGGUUAUACAAAUUUUCCUGAAUGUAAACCAUGUCCUUGUCACACUGCUGGAACCAUUGAUGGAAAUACAUGUGAAGGAAAAUGCAUUUGUAAGAAAAAUGUUGAAGGUGAACGAUGUGAUUCCUGUAAACCUGGAUUUUAUAAUUUAGAUGUUAAUAAUCCUGAUGGCUGCUCAAAAUGUUUUUGUUCUGGUGUGACCCACAUCUGUGAAUCAAAUGAUUGGGGAAUAGAAAUAGUACGCCAAAUGGAAGAUUGGAUAAUAACAGAUUUAUUACAAAAAAUUAUUUAUCCUGCUAUUCCUGAAAAUGGAGUUUUAAAAAUACAAACUUUACAUUUACCAGAAAACAUUGAACUAUUUUGGCAAGCACCUAUAUAUUAUCUUGGUAAAAAGCUGUAUUCGUAUGGCGGAGAAUUACGUAUAGCCCUUAAAUAUCAUAUACCAAAAAAUAAAAUAUAUGGAUCAUUUAUUGAAGGACCGGGAGUUAUUUUAGAGAGCAGAAGACAGAGAAUUGCUUAUUCAUUGAAACCUCAACCAGAAGGUGAAACUUUUACUUUAAUAAUACCAUUGACUGAUAAAGGAUGGCGCUAUUUUAAGAAAUCUGGUAAACUUGGUCGAAAAGUCGGACGUAAAGUAUUUCUGAUGAUCUUAAAUGACCUUACUAGAUUGCUUAUUAGAAUGAGAUUUCAUACAGAUCAAACAGAAGGAAUAUUGGUGAGUGUUGAAAUGGAAGUUGCAACAGAGUAUUCAAGUAAUUUUAAGAAACUGAAAUCAGUAGAAAAGUGUCAAUGUCCACCAAAUUUUGCAGGAUUGUCAUGUGAGUACUGUGAUCCAGGAUUUAGAAGAGUUAAUAAUACAAUAUUUAUGGGAAAAUGUCAGCAAUGCAAUUGCAAUAAUCAUGCUGAAACUUGUGACUAUUUUACUGGGAAAUGCAAGAAUUGCCUGCAUAAUACAACUGGACCAAUAUGCAAUAUUUGUGAAGUAGGUUUUUACGGAAAUCCACUCUUUGGAACACCAGAAGAUUGUCAAAAAUGUAAAUGUCCAUUGGAAAAUAGAGAAAAUAAUUUCUCACCAACAUGUUUGACUAUCACAAAAUUAUAUGGCAAAGUUGAUUAUAUUUGUACAGCUUGCCCUAUGGGUUAUGAAGGAGACAAGUGCGAAAGAUGUGGUUAUGGAUUUUUUGGUAACCCUAUGAUUCCAGGAAGUUAUUGCCAAAAAUGUGAUUGCAGUGGUAAUGCAGAUAUAUCUGAUCCAAAUUAUUGCAAUCAGUUGACAGGGCAGUGUUUGAAAUGUGUUAAUAAUACAUCUGGGUGGAACUGUCAUGAAUGUGCAGAAAAUUAUUUUGGUAAUGCAUUACUGCAUAAUUGUCAGCUGGUGCCAGCGGAAUGCUGGGAAGAGUUAGUGUUAUUUAAGGAUUGUAAACGCGAUGGUACUAGUGAGAAAGAUGUGUCUUUCAUGGAUGUUAAAGCGUCUUCUGUUGUAUCUUCUACUGAGAAAGAAGUGUCGUUUGCGGAUGUUGUUCCUAUUUAUAAAAUACAUUUAAAUUUAUUAAUAGAUAUCAAACUUAAAAGUAUAUUUUGUGGUAUUCAUAUAUCUUAUGUACAGAAUUGCCUGCAUAAUACAACUGGACCAAUAUGCAAUAUUUGUGAAGUAGGUUUUUACGGAAAUCCACUCUUUGGAACACCAGAAGAUUGUCAAAAAUGUAAAUGUCCAUUGGAAAAUAGAGAAAAUAAUUUCUCACCAACAUGUUUGACUAUCACAAAAUUAUAUGGCAAAGUUGAUUAUAUUUGUACAGCUUGCCCUAUGGGUUAUGAAGGAGACAAGUGCGAAAGAUGUGGUUAUGGAUUUUUUGGUAACCCUAUGAUUCCAGGAAGUUAUUGCCAAAAAUGUGAUUGCAGUGGUAAUGCAGAUAUAUCUGAUCCAAAUUAUUGCAAUCAGUUGACAGGGCAGUGUUUGAAAUGUGUUAAUAAUACAUCUGGGUGGAACUGUCAUGAAUGUGCAGAAAAUUAUUUUGGUAAUGCAUUACUGCAUAAUUGUCAGCCUUGUGAGUGUAAUGAAUAUGGCUCAUUGAGUAAGGAAUGUGACACUUCUUUGGGUAUUUGUCAAUGUAAAGGCAAUUAUGUUGGAAGAAAUUGUGCAAGAUGUGCUGAUGGAUAUGGAAAUAUAGAAGCAGGUUGUUUACCGUGCUCUUGUAAUAAACAUGGAUCAAUUUCGAAAUAUUGUGAUCCAGUUUCUGGGCAAUGUCCUUGUAAACCAGGUAUUUUUGGAAUGAAAUGUGAUAUCUGUUUGGAUGGAUAUUAUGGCUUCUCAAAUAAAGGAUGUGAAUGGUGUGGAUGUAACAUAUAUGGUUCAGAAAGUCAUCUUUGUGAUGAAACUUCAGGACAGUGCAUUUGUCGAUCUCAUGUUUAUGGAAGAACUUGUGAUAGUUGUGAGGAUGAAUAUUGGAAUUUGAUUUCUGAAAAAGGCUGUGAAUAUUGUUCCUGUAAUAAAACAGGAUCAACAUCACCUUCAUGUGAUCCUAUUUAUGGAAAUUGUGAAUGCAAACCUGGAGUAGGUGGUCAAUUUUGUGAUCACUGUUUGCCAGAUUAUUAUGGAUUUUCAGAAAAUGGAUGUUCAGAAUGUCAGGAAUGUGAAAUAACUGGAUAUGUAUGCGAUUCAAUCACAGGAGAAUGUCUAUGCCCUCCUCACACUACUGGAAAAAAUUGUGAAACAUGUCUUCCAUUGUUUUGGGGCUAUGAUGCUAAAUUUGGAUGUAAGCCUUGUAAUUGCAAUCCUUCUAGCUCACAUAAAGAAGAAUGUGAUCCCCUCACAGGAAAAUGUUUAUGUUUAGAAGGAUAUGAAGGUCGAGCAUGUGACAAAUGUCAUUUUGCUUAUUAUUCAUUUCCAAAUUGUUUGCCUUGCAAUUGUGAUAUAGAUGGAACUGUUCCUACUAUGUGCAAUAGUGAUGGAUUCUGCCAAUGUGAUGAAAAUGGCCAAUGCCCAUGCAAAUUUCAGCCUUGUAAUUGCAAUCCUUCUAGCUCACAUAAAGAAGAAUGUGAUCCCCUCACAGGAAAAUGUUUAUGUUUAGAAGGAUAUGAAGGCCGAGCAUGUGACAAAUGUCAUUUUGCUUAUUAUUCAUUUCCAAAUUGUUUGCCUUGCAAUUGUGAUAUAGAUGGAACUGUUCCUACUAUGUGCAAUAGUGAUGGAUUCUGCCAAUGUGAUGAAAAUGGCCAAUGCCCAUGCAAAAAAAAUGUUAUAGGAUUUAAAUGUGAUGAAUGCAAAGCUGGAACAUUUAGUUUGACAUUUAAUAAUAAAGAAGGCUGCUUAGAAUGUUUUUGUUUUGGCAGAAGUACAGAAUGUGAAGAAGCAUAUAUGGUUUGGUCUCAGAUUACAGGGUUAAACAGAAAGCUGGUUUUAGAGUAUGGAAAUACUCAACUAUCUCUUCUCUAUGGACUUUAUGUGAUACCUGGUCAUAGGGGAAAUAUUCGGAUUGGAGUUCUUGGAAAUAUUAAACAACCACUAUAUUGGAUGUUACCUCAGGAAUACCUAGGUGAUAAAAUUUUAGCAUAUAAUGGCAAUCUUCAGUUUCGAGUUACUUCUGACAGUAAUCAAACAACAGAUAUGUUUCUUCAAGCAUAUCCUUUGAUACUUAUACAGGGAAAUCAUCAUCUUGUGCUAAUUCAUACACAUUUUUUACCUUCCAUUAAUGGACUUUAUACUAUUCCAUUAAAUGAAAAAGAAUGGCAACAUUUGAGGAAUCCUCAAUUACCAGUAACAAGAGCAACUUUGAUGGUAACUUUACAAAAUCUACAAUAUAUUUUGAUCAGAGCAACUGAUAGUGCCAAUAUAAAAGAAGCAAGGCUUGAAAGUUUAUCAUUGGAUGUUGCAGUUCCAGUGAAGUCAAAUCUUCCUUCUCCAUAUACAGCUGUUGGAAUUGAAUCAUGCAAAUGUCCUUUAGAAUAUUCAGGUUCAUCAUGUCAGAAUCCAAAUGUCGGCUAUUACCGCAAACACAGUGAUAAUUAUUUGUAUAGUAAAAAUAUUUUGGAUUUGAUUGGAUGGGCUGAACCAUGUCCUUGUAAUAAUAGGAGCAAAAUUUGUGAUGAAAAUACUGGUAUUUGUAUGAUAUAUAAAUUUAAUAGAUGCUCAGAUGGUUACUAUGGAAAUCCAUUUAAAAAAGACGGAUUUUGUAAGUCAUGUAAUUGCAAUUCAUACGGAUCAAUUAGUCAAAUAUGCGAUAAAAUAACGGGACAGUGCCAUUGUAAAGAAGGAAUUUUCGGUCGUGAUUGCUCAAUUUGUCAACCUCAUCAUAUUUUAACAGAAUCUAAAUGCAUAUCAUUUGAAAAUGGAAUUGAAGCAAUGCGAGACAUUGUAAGAAUAAAAUUACCAAAUAUUAUAUUUAGUGCUCUAGAAGUAAGAGAUGAUGCAGAGUUAAUCUUUAUGAAAUUAAAUGAUCUUUGGAAAGAGAUUAAAAGUAGUGUAAAUCAACUUGAAAAUUUUGGAAUUGAUAAAAGUAGUAUUGACAUGAAGAUUGACGAUAUUUUAAAUUUUGGUCUGGAAGUUUUAAAUGAAUUAAAUACCAAUAGUUUUAUGUAUCACAGAGAAAUGGCAGAAAGAGAAUUAAGACUUAACUAUGAUGUUUAUUUACCAAUUAAUGAAACAUAUGCUAUUCUUUCUUGGGAUAAAUUUUCUGAUUUCACAUAUCAAAAUAAUGUGAAUAUGAUUAAAAAUAAUAUACUGUAUGUAAAUAAGACAUUAGAGAAAGCUGAAUUAAAUCUAAAAGAAACUAAAAACAGCAUAAUUGUUACCAAUAGUAGUUUUGAGAGUCUUUCCACUUACACAUUUGAUUUUAAAAACUACACUCAAUUAUUGGAUUAUCAAUAUAAUAUUCUGGCUCGACUUAAUCCUGAAUAUCAUAUUAAAUGGACUCAAUUAUUGGAUUAUCAAUAUAAUAUUCUGGCUCGACUUAAUCCUGAAUAUCAUAUUAAGUAUGUCCUUCCUUGUCAAGAACAUGCAUUGAAACUUCAAAAUGAAUCACAGAUAUUAGUUGGACUUUGUAACCUUGAAUCUGCAAAAUUUGCAUUGAAAGCAUCAACAGUAUUUAAAGAUAUUGUGGAGUUUAUUGAUCAAGCUUAUUUAACUGUAAAAAAUGCUUCAUUAAUUGCUAAAGAAGCUUAUUCAAAAGUUGAUCCUAACUCAAAAUACUCAUUGUCAAAAAAAUUAAAUGAUGUCAUGGAAGAAAAUAACAACAUUUUAAAUGAUGCAGAAUUUUACAUAAAUUAUAUUAAUUACAGCAGAAUUGAAAAUGUAGUAAAAUCAACUAUGAUUAUACAGACUGCAGUCAGUGAAAGCAUUCAUAAAACUAAACAAAAAGUAAAUAAUAUUACAUCAAAGUAUCCUGAAAUUUAUGAUAAAAUAAAGAGAUUAGAAAGUAGCACUUUAUUAGGAAUGAAGAACUUAACUUUUCAAAUUGACCAGAGUCAAGAAAACUUAGAAAAAGCAAGUAGAAAGCAACAUUCAUCUGAAACUUUAUUCAAAAGAUUAAGAUAUAAGCAUGAAGAAGUUUCUUCUAAGUUGAAAGCAUUAAAGGAUAAUAUUUUGCUUGCUCGGCAAAAAGCAUCAAGUAUACGGAUAUCUCUUACAACCGAUAAAUCUGGAAUUUGUGUCAGAUCUUUUCAACCUGAUAUAGAACCUGCAACAACAAAUCAUAUACGUAUUAAUUAUUCAAUAAAAGAUGAUGUUAGAGACAGUUUAUUAUUUUUUUUAGCCAAUAAUAAAACAGAUGAUUUUAUGGCAGUGGAAAUGAUCAAUAGGAAAAUUAGAUUUUUAUGGAAUGCUGGUGGUGGCACAAAAGUGAUUUCUCAUAAUUUAACAAUUAAAACAAAUGAAUAUUUAUUAAAAAAUGAGUAUUGGUACAAAAUAGAAGUUAUUAGAGUUGGAAAUAUUGCAAAAUUAAGAGUACAACCAAAUACAGAUGGACAACUUCCUGAUCCGUGGGAAGUUGAAGGUACAUCACCUGUUGGAUAUUCUAAAAUGGAUUUUGAUCAGUCAUCACAUCUCUAUGUGGGAGGUUUACCAAAAUUAUAUCAGGUUCCAAGAGAAUUAAAAACACAAGCAUUUUUUGGCUGUUUAUACGGAAUUAUUUUAGAUGGAAAACAUAUUCCAUUAUGGAAUUUUCUUACAAAUCUUGGAUGUGAUGGUUGUAAAGAAGGAAUAAUUGAUCAAGCUGAUGUAAAUGCAUAUCGAUUUGAAGGAAAUGGUUAUGCCAUAUUACCUCAAAUUCGUCGAUACAAUAUCUAUACAUUUCUUGUGACUUUACAAUUUAAAACAUAUGAUGAAGAUGCACUGCUAUUUUUUAUGUCUGAUAAUGUAACUGGACAUUUUGUUUCCUUAGAACUACAAGAAGGACAUGUAGUUUAUCAGUUUGAUUUAGGAAAUACUUCACGCUUAGUCUUAAAAACUCAAAAAAAGUACAAUAAUGGAAAUUGGUCAAAGUUGACUGCAGGAAGAGAUAUGUUACAAGGACAGUUAUCUGUAGAUGAUGAACUUCAAGAGGGGAAACUACCAGAGAGAGGACCCAUUAGUUUAGAAUUGAGCAAGAGUUUGUUAUAUUUUGGUGGAGUAACACCUGGAUUUGGAAAUAAUAAGUGGUCAAGAGUUACUUUUCAGAAUUAUUUAGGCUGUAUGAAAGAUCUUCAGAUUGACACAACAAUUUUAAAUUUACUUAAUUAUAAAUACUAUGGAGUUGAAAGUGGUUGCAAGGAUACAGAUACUAAAAUAGUUAGUUUUAAAGGUACAGGAUAUAUAGAAGUAAUUAGCCAUCCUUUAACUGAAGAAGGAAAUUUUGGAUUUACAUUUCAGUCAACACAAACCACAUCUCUUUUAAUGAUAUCUACGUUUGAAGGAUUUAGUACUUCAAUGGAUAAAAAAAUGCAUUAUUAUGCUGUAAUGCUUUUAAAUGGAAAAUUGGAAGCUCGUUUUAAUGCUAAUGCCGGUGAAGUGAGGAUAACAAGUGAACAGAAAUUUAAUGACGGAAUUUAUCAUUCUCUUAAAGUGGUUAAGAGAAAUAGAAAAAUUAUAAUGAUUGUUGAUGAUAAAGAAAUUGGAAAUAUAAGAAUGCCAAAAGGAUCUAAAACCAUUGAAGCUCCUGAUGAAGGUGGAUUGUUUUUUGGUGGUGUUCCCGAAGAGGUUUUUAUUGGAAAUAGAACUGCCACUCGUGAACCAUUUAAAGGAGUAAUUAAAGAUGCCAUUUUCAAUGAUAGAUUAAUACAAUUCAACAAUCCUAUAAGAUUUAAAGGAGUGGGAAUUGGACAUGGCAGAAAGUAUUAUAGUGCUUUUAUGGGACCAAGUCUUCCAUUUAAACCUUCAGAACAUUGUGCAGAAAUGUCAUCCUAUACAUUAGAGAAACAAGCUUUGCAAUUUGGAAAUAAACUAAAUAGCUAUGCCAAAGUAUUUAUACGGAGGACAGAUUUUGGAAAAGAUUUUAAUGUUACGUUUGACUUCAGAACAUUUUAUCCAAACGGACUGAUGGUACUUUUAAGAAAUAAAAGAAGAAAUUCUUAUUUUGCAAUAAUUCUUAAGAGAAAAUAUAUCAUUGUCGAUGUAAGAGAUAAGAAACACAGAAAACUUAAAAGUCAAGGAUUUCUAAGUAAUGGAGUUUGGCAUAAUGUAACAGUAACUAAAAUUAAUAGAAAUUUGACACUUUCUGUUGAUGAAAACAAAAUCUUUCAUAUAAAAGUUCGAAGAAAAUUAGCAUUAAGGAGUCCUUUAUAUUUGGGUGGAAUUCCAACAGAUUUAUUAUUCAAUCAUUCAAUGAAAUCUAAAGGUUUUAAAGGAUGCAUAAGAAAAUUUAAUAUUAAUGGAAGAUAUGUAGAUCCUUCUGUUGAAGAAUCAGUCAACAUAGGGCAUUGUUUUUCUCAUAUAGAACUAGGAGCAUAUUUUGGUGGAGAUGCUUAUGCAUUAUAUGAUAAUAAAUUCAACCUUGGAUCAAGUUUGGAAAUUCAGUUAUUAUUUAAAACAACUAAGAACAACGGAAUUUUAUUAAGUCUGAGUGAUAAUUCUAAAGGAUCAAUUUUUGGUAUUGAGCUGCAUAAAGGAAAUAUAAUUGCAUCAGUAAAUACUGUAGGGAUACCAUUGCAAGCAAUUAAAAAAUUUGACAAUAAAUAUAAAAUGUGUGACGGCGAAUGGCAUUUGAUCAGAGUACAGUUCUUAGGGCAAGAAAUAAAUCUAAAAAUAGAUAAAUAUGACGUAGUAUACAGUGUUGUCGGAAAUAAUUUAACUCCGGAAAUAUCUACUGCCAUUCCUCUUUUUAUCGGAGGCUUACCAGACGAAGAACCACUCGGUAUUCUCAGUUCCAGAGAUAACUUUAAAGGAUGCAUUAAAAACAUUGCCAUCAAUCACAAAUUAAAAGAUUGGAUAAAUAUGCAUCGUCUAGAAAAUGUUUUACCAAAUUCUUGUCCUGUAUUUUAAAGUAUAUUUAAUGUAUUUAUAAAGUAAAGUAAUAUAUUUCACUCUUGUAUUUCAGAUAUUUAUGACUACAGCAUUUAGAUUAUAUUUGCUAAUUAUUCAAUACCUAUUGGCAAAAAUAGGACUUCAAAUUCUAAAUAAACCUGUUUAAUUUAUAUAUUAAAGAAAAUAUAUUAGUAAUUUAAUUUUCUCAACAUAUUUAAUUAUUGAUAAUUUAUUCAAUUUAAAACAAAUAGCCCACGCUUGUUAAAAGUCUGAGCUGUUUGUUUUUUUAACGUAAAUAAAAUGUGGCCGUAACUUACUUCUUGUGUAGACGAGAGUUUUGUUAAAUUUUAUCGAAUAAUUUUGUACAUAAAU